AUGGUACGUCUUAUGAAUAUCACUAAACGUGGUAAUCAGGCGUUCGACACAGCAUUGCAAGCAGCUAAAGAUGUCAUCAAUACAGUGGAAACAAACAUGAAUGCACAAAAAGACGAGCGACAACAACAACAACAAGACGAAAAUCAAACAGAAAAUGAUCAGAAUAAUUUGAAUUUUCCCUCGCUCGAUUUAGAUUUAAACAAAACUACUACUAAUAACACUAAUAGUAGUAGUAAUCAUCCAUUGUCUCGAGCUGGUUCAUAUCGUUUAAAACGUCAAGCUAAAAAAAAACAACAUCAUACAACGAAACAUAAACAGAUCAAUGAUCAAUUACAGACGAUGGAAAUGCAAGAUAUUGAUCUAACU